UGUAGUGUAGCUCCAACUUGGCCUCGUGUUUACCUUUUCUUAUGUGCUUCCUAACCUAGCGUAAAAAAUGUUAGGAUUUUAUCGUUGAAUUGAAUAUUUAUAAAUAAAAUUCACGAAUUAUACAGGAAUUGCAUGUGUUCGCAGGCAGGAAAAACUUCGUAAAAAUAUGAUAUAAAUCUCGUGUAUUUUUCAGGAAAUAAUGUUAAAAGCCUAUUAACAUUUAAUUACAAGAAGUUACUAAAAAUUAUUUCUUGUGGUGACGCAGGACGAAAACUAUUCCAAAAUGUUGAGUCUAAUUUUCAAGCAUUUUAUUACUCCUAAAACUGUAUUAACUCAAAUGCGAUCUGUCCAUGGGAUAGCGCAAAAAUAUUUUAUGCGUGACGAGAAUAUAUCUUCAGCAACAAUGGCUAUUAAAAUGUUUCUAAUGAGACAUGUAAGAUUGUCUAAUGGAGCAACACGACCAACAAGUUUUUUAAGACCUAAUGGGUUGCUGCAAAAUGUAUUAAUACAACGUCGACAAAUGUCACAAUUGGAUGUAAAUACGAAUGUACAGAACAACGUAGUUUUAUAUAAACUUGAAAAGAGUGCAUAUUACCGAUAUAUGCGAAUUUUUUCAAUUGGACAAUUAUUUGGUUGGUCAGUAUUGGCUUUUUAUACUUAUAAGCCAUCAUUCUGGGAUAUAUUCUAUACUGACAUAAAGUUUAAGGAAUUUUGUUACAAUCAUAUGUUUCGACUUAGCACGUUUAUUUGCGCAAUUCUUGCAGGUCCUAUCAUGUUUUUAGUCAUUUAUGCUACAUGCGCUCGUAGCAUCAAGUACAUUAUCUUAAAUAAAGGUGGUGAAACACUUUCAAUUACUACGUUUCACAUGCGAAAGAAUAAAUCCACCAUAAGCAUACCAGUGGAUAUGGUCAGAUGCACCGCAGAUAGAACCACCGGAGGAGGAGUCUUACCAAUUAAAAUACAAAAUAGAUCCUUUUACUACCUGAUUGAUAAAUCAGGCACGUUUGUAAAUCCAAAACUUUUUGAUUAUGUAACAGGAUAGUUACUUACAUUUAUGGAUAAGUAGUAUUAUUUUAUAAAUAUCUUCUCUUGUUAUAAUACAUUGUACAAAUGUUUAUAAAAAAAUGGAAUUAUUGUCACAUA